AUGACCACUUCUCAAAGCUUUCUAGGUUCUAUCACCUCCGUUGCAGCAAUUUGGUAUAGUAUUGGCAGCAUGCCUAUAUCCGAGACUGCAGCGUUAGGUCCGGGACCUCUUAAUGCUUCCACUGUGUUUGAGGUUCCGGUCAGCUUACGAAAUGUUUUCCCGGCUUACAACUUCGAUCGCGACGUGACAACAACCUGGUGGAAUACUGCGGUUUUAGAUGGCCACUCAAACGCCGCGGCAUCAGAUGCCACUGAAGCUCUCAAGAAUGCUUCGUUCAUUGUACUUGACCACGAUAUGUAUGAGAUUCUCCAAGACGAGGAAGGCAUUAUAUCUCCCAGUAUCGAGACGAUCUUCGACUUCCCGCCCGGGCCUUCUUUUGCCAAGCGCAUCGUGCACGAUGGGACAGUCUUCUCACCAGAGUGCAAUUGCAUCUUCUUCGCCGAACUCCAUCCACCAAAACCUGGAUUCUCGGCGGAUGCAAUGCCAUGGGUCUGGCGAGUAAAUCUCAAUGAGACACCCCCGGCUACCGAAAAGGUCUUUCCAUCGCCUCAACUUACAGUUCCCAAUGGCGCUUACUACCAUAACGGUAGUGUUUAUUGGGCUCAGGAAGGCAACUACACCGUCCCUGGCGGCAUCGUGAAGAUGGAUCCCGUCACUUUGCAAACUGAAGUUGUCCUGAACAAUUUCUUCGGCCAUCGAUUCAACAGCCCCAACGACGUAGUUAUCACACGUGACGGCGUCGCUUAUUUCACAGACGGCUACUACGGCUACGAUAACUUCAACGACACCUUGAAGCCUGAACUUGCAAACGGCGUAUGGCGAUGGAACAUACAAACCAGCGAUCUGCGGAUGGUGGCAGGGGCGGCUGGCGGUCCAUUUACCAACCCCAACGGCGUUGCCCUCAAUCUGGAAGAAGACAAGCUCUACGUCACCAACCGUGGCAACGCUUCAGAUAAUCCUGCUGGAGGGAGAACUAUAUACGAGUUUGAACUUCACAAGACCGGCCUUCCUAUUAGGGGAGGUGAUGUUUUUACAUAUUCGGAUUCUGGAUUUCCAGACGGAAUCAAACUCGACAGGGAGGGGAGGGUGUAUGGCGGAGUUACUGGUGGAGUCCAUGUCUUUGACUCUGGCGGCAAGCAGCUCGGCAUCAUCAAGGUUGCGGAGGAUGAUGUUGCCGUCAACAUGCAGUGGGUGAACGACUGGUUGUACAUCGCUGGGAGGGAUCACGUUUACCGUGUGCGCUUGAAUACGAUGGGUGCACAGGCACACUAG